CAUUACAAUCAAACAAGGAAAGAUUGAAAAAUAUUUUUCAGAAAACAUUUUACAUGUACCAAACACACCCUGAUUAUCUUUAUCUUCCUUUCACAAUCAUACAACUUACUCUUUUUCUUCCUCAAGUUCUCAAACACCAACUUCAAUCUUGAAUUCAAACAGCAAUAAGAACACUAACUUCUCAGGUUCAUUCUUGACUGUUGUGGAUGUAGUUUGGUAGUGAUAUAAAUUUGAGUUUUAGGCCUAAUAAGGAAGGAAGUUUCGGGUACCACUCACUACAUCACACCCAAUUCAGAACAAACUAUUCACUUUUCAUGCCAAUGUAUGACUACAAUGGCUAAGUCAUCAGAUACAUUGUAAGAAAAGUCACUCGAGAGAGCACCUGAAGUGCCUGAUUACUAGACAAUACCAAGCCGCUCUUGAGGAGUCCGUUGUGAGAAAAUUUGGAGAAAACAACCUGAUUUGCUGUAUGAAUCACAACUCUGACUCCUUCUACAGUGAACUGUCAUCUCAAAGAGGAGUGCAGCUGCAAGAGCAUCUGAGGAUUUCAUGCCCAGGGAUCCUACUCAUCAAACAGUAAAUAUUGCUUCUGUUGUAUUUAACAGUCUUCUUAUGGGGGAGAUUGUGGUUCCAGAUUGGGACAUGUUCCAGGUAUGGUACUAUGGUAUCAUCCGUAGAAUGUGAGCGGAGGGUGAUAUCUUUGGUUGAGUACAACUAUUCUUCUAAAUGACUUCAACUUUUGUCUAUAAACUGUGAAACAAUUUAUACUUACUAGAGCUUCCAGCGGUAGAGAAGUCGUGACUUUUUUUAAUGGUGAUUUAACUGACUCCAUCAUUUCUUCUUACUGUUUACUUUGCUAAUAAUAUUUUGGGUUCACUGUAUGUUCUAUUAGUUGGAUUCUUUUAUAUUCAAAGAUUGUAGCUGUAGUGGUGCUUUGGUUCUUUAGCUAUAUACAUAUAUCACAUUCUCUAAAGUUUUGUCCAGAUUGUCUUCGUGCACUCAAUAAUGACAUGAUGGUCUGGGAUAAUUAAUAAGUAGUUCAGGAAAUGGAGGAUCCAACCUCAAUCAUUUCCCUUCGGAUGUUGUAUUCUACGUGCAGGGUAGGUUUAUUGAAUCUCACAUACUAAUCUUGACUGCAUGAUCUCCUUUCGAAUAAAAAAUUCAGACUGAGUAGAAGGAUAGAAUGGAAGUACGAUUCUCUAGAAAAAAGUUGGCUUAUCAUGCACUUUAUAUCCUUGUCCACUUUCUGAUAAACUUGAUACAACAGUAGAUGACAUGGAAGAUCUUGUCAGAUCAACUUUAGACUUUUCAUUGUGUAUCCUGUUUUGUAUGUGAAUGAAUGGAUCUCUGUUUUAAGUUAUCUGCUUGUAUAUCGACUUGAUUAUCCAUGUGUGUUAGCAUAACUUUUUAGAUAACGAUAAUCUACUUCCCCAAGGAAUUGAGACAGGUCAUCCCCAGUUUACGGGAGAAGCUACUUGAGAUUCUUGUGGACUCGGUAAUCAACCGAUGCAUGAAGACAAGAUUAAGAACAAUAGUAAGAAAGUUGAGAUAAUCACCCCUUCUAACUCUUGCAGACUACCAUAUUAGUAUUUUCUGCUUUCUGAUGCUACAAUUCUAAACAGGUGUUGUCUUUAUGUGGUCAACGCACUUUCAGAAAUCAUUAAUUUAUUGUAAUCUUCUUGUUUCAAAGACCCAGAGAUAUUCCUAAUUCUUGUUGUGUGCAUCAGUUAUUGUUUUUCUUUUCCUUUUACCUGGGAUAAGUAACGAAACAGUAACUUGUUUGGAUAAUUCAUUACAGCUGAGUUUCUGGAGCUCACUAAUAACUUAGUUCUUAAGUCUUAACUAUGUAAAUAUCAUUGUCGUGUUUAGAAUGUUCACCUUCCAUUAUAAUUCGUAACAAACUCUAAAUAGUAUAUAGAGAGCUAACUGGAUGAAACUACAUAAUAGAGUACAUAUGAUGUUUAUCUGGGCAUGCAUUUGUUGUCUGACUGCAACAGAACAUAUCAAUAGCAUAUACGUAGUCUUCUUAGUCUAUUUUUUCUUGUCUAACUGCAACAAAACUGUCCUGAUUAAUUCUGAUUUGAUGUCUUUGUUAGCAGCGUAACUCUUUUUUGUCGGGUUAGAUAUGUUCACCUUCACGUUUACUGUGCUUCACUAUCCUUAUGAUAUCUUUGGGACUAAUUGUGUGUUAGUGUGCAAAUUUGAUGCUUAUUUUAUGCAGGUUGCAUCUUCAUAACCGAUGCUGUUUGUAUUUGCAGCACAAUACCAUGCAGAUGAUGUAUGAAACUAUUUACUAAGCUUUACAAGAGUUAAGACUGCAGAAUACAUAUGAACCACAGAACUAUUUGAUUUUCUUCUGACUUGGCAAUCGCUAUGUUUUGGAAAAUGAAAUCACUACAGUUGCCAAAAGUUGGAAGCCAAGUACACCUCAGAACUCACUCAGAAAAGUUGACGAUAUAUGAUAUAUGUUCACUCAAAAGGAAUGAUAGUAGACGAUGAGAGUAUUUGGUGAACACAACUUGGCUACAAUACGCGGCUGAUGAAGUCACUGAAAUGAGAGGCCACCUUCUUAAGUAUCCUGUUGAUGUUGAAGUUGAUCGAACGGGGAAAGUUAAAUCGCUUCAUGUCUCGCCUCUUGGUAGUCCUGUACUGCCAGGAUCCCCUGUGGGAAGAAGGAACGAAAUGAAACCUGCCCCUGGUUCAGGUAAAAAUAAUGGAUUGUAUUCUGGAUGGCCUGCAGAAAGGGGUUCUGGUAGCUUGAAUGACUCUAAAAGACAUUCAUUUCUCGAAGAACUGAAACAAAGCAGUGCUCGAAGAAUUGACCUCUCUGAUAUUGCAGGUCGUGUUGCUGAAUUCAGUUUUGAUCAGCAUGGGAGUCAAUUUAUACAGCAGAAGUUGGAAAAUUGUAGUAUUGAAGAGAAAACAUCUGUUUUCAAAGAAAUCCUUCCACAUGCUUCAAAACUAAUAACGGAUGUUUUUGGGAACUAUGUCAUUCAAAAGUUCUUUGAGCAUGGCAGUCAUGAGCAAAGAAAGAUGCUGGCAUGUCAAUUAGCAGGGCAGAUGCUGCCUUUAAGUUUGCAAAUGUAUGGCUGUCGUGUUAUUCCGAAGGUGUAUCUCAGUUCAAGUAUAUAAAUAUAUUUUUAUGAUUGUAAUCAUAUGGAAUUUGUUAUUCUUGCAUGAUGAACAACUUGUAUACGAGGAUUCCCCAAUCAAUAAAAUUGUUAUCUUAUUUAAAAAA